AGUUUGUUAGUAAAUAAAUAAAUAACAUACCGUGUAAUUUAAUAAUAAUAAUUAUUAUAAUUAAGUAUAUAUAUUAAUAAAUAUUAAUUAAUAAAAAUGGCUGACGCAGCUGCGAAAAGAGAAGCGAGACGAAGGAGAAUUCUUGAGAAUUCUGAGUCACGAUUCCAAAAAAUUUCUGGACGGGAUACUAGUGAUGAUAUUGGUAAUGGAAUUAGUCAAGAAUUUUUUGUGGAACCGGCUGAGGAAAUUGUUUUGCCGAAUCUCAGCAAUCAAGACAACUGUGACUUCGUGAGCCCAGUCAGCCGCUCAACGAGUUAUAAUUCAUCCGAGCCAGUGAACCCUGAGGAACUAGCAAAUCUCCUGCGAGGAACCAUAGGAAGUACAAAGCCUCCGAAGAAGCCUUCUCUCCUGAACAACUUCCUCUUCAACCGCUUUAUCUACGCAGUCCUCGCUCUCAUAAUAAACUUUUUGAUCAUCCUGAAAAUCGACAGUCCAGUCGGCAAGAGUGUGAUAACGCCGUUCCUGUUGCUGCUACUUCCUCGCGUGUACAUCCUGACAACCCAAGAAAAUUCUCCUCAGGAGAACAUGAUGUACGCGGUGCUGAUGCUAUGCAACAUCCGGCCGUCUCUGAUCAGCAAGUUAAAGAACUCUUACAAAAUCUGGAGCCUGGUAGUCGACGACUUCAACAUCUACAUUUUUUCCUUCGUGAUGUUCUACUUCACCAUCACCAGGCACUUCAUCGACUACGAGGAAGAACUCGCUAAACUCGAGACUGUCCAAGUGAUAAUUGAUCCCUCAACUUGAUCGAGGAUUUUUGCUUUAUUUACCAGUCAAUAAAUUCAUAUUGAAAUUA